AUGUCGAAUCUCUCGAAACUACAAUUUGAGGCUCUAGAUAUUUCUGGGAAAAAUUAUUUGGCUUGGGCCCUUGAUGCUGAAAUUAACUUAGCUGCAGAAGGUGAUGGAAAUGCUAUCAAAACAGGAAAUAAUGCAUCAGAACAACAAAAAGCAAAAGCUUUGAUAUUCAUUCUCCGUCAUCUUCAUGAAGGCCUGAAAAAUGAAUACCUUACUGUUAAAGAUCCACUUGUGCUGUGGAAUAAGUUAAAGGAAAGAUAUGAACAUCAGAAAACAAUAAUUCUCCCCACAGCUCGGUACAAUUGGAUACACUUGCGGUUACAAGAUUUCAAAACUGUAACUGAUUAUAAUUCUGCAAUGUUUCAAAUUACUACUCAACUAGAGUUGUGUGGAGAAAAGAUAACAGAUGUUGAUAUGUUAGAGAAAACUUUUUCUACUUUCCAUGCCUCUAAUGUGCUCCUGCAGCAGCAGUAUAGAGAGAAAGGGUUUACAAAAUAUUCUCAAUUGAUUUCUUGCCUACUUUUGGCUGAACAGAAUAAUCAACUCUUAAUGAAAAAUCAUGAGGCCCGUCCCACCGGUGCCGCUCCAUUCCCAGAAGUGAAUGUAGCUUCACACCAAUAUGAUGACGGUCGCGGUCGCGGUCGUGGUCGCGGUAAUGAUCGUGGCCGCGGUCGUGGUCGUAAUCAUAAUCAUAUUGGAAUUUUUAAGAAUUUAUAUUCUCGCCAAAAGCGGCAAAAUCAUGAAAAGGGAAACAGUGGACAGAGUAGUAAGAAUAAUGAGAAUAUUUGUCAUCGCUGUGGAAGCAAAAAUCAUUGGGCUCGUACCUGUCGUACACCCAAACAUCUGAUCAAUCUCUAUCAGCAAUCACUAAAAGAGAAAAGGAUUGAAACUCAUUUUGCUAUCGAUGAUGCUGUUGAAGAUGUUCAUCCAAAUUAUACUCAUUUUGCUAUCGAUGAUGCUGUUGGAGAUGUUCAUCCAAAUUAUGGUAAUAUGGAUGUCACUCAUUUAGAAAUUGGUGAUUUCAUUGAUGAUCCAAAUGGAAGAAUUGAUCACCUUAUUGGUGAUGGGAGUAUCAAGAAGUAG